AUGCGAGUUUUAUUGUUUUUUCUGUCACUGCUAAAUUUGUUAACUACUAUAUUUUCAUACAAUGCACUCAUUUAUUCUCCGGCUUUUGCAACAAGUCAUAUGAACUUCAUGGCACAUUUAUCGGAUACUUUGACUGAAGCUGGGCAUAAUGUUACAUUUUUGGUACCGAUUUCGGAAGAAUCUCUACGGAAUCGAAUAAAAGUUCGAACUAGACAUUUGAUUAAUGUGGAACAAGAUGAAAUUUAUGAGAACCAUUUUUGGGAAGCAGGUGAUGAAUUGAUGCAAACAGUUUGGACAUAUGUUGAAAGUCCGGAGAAAAACAAGGAGAAAUUCAAGUUGUUUGAAAAUCGAACGAUAGAAACAUGCGGUUUGUUAAUAAGAAAUCGAAAAGUUCUCGAAAUAUUACAAAAUACUAAAUUUGAUGUUUCAAUAACUGAACCAUUAUCAAUUUGUGGAUUGGCAUAUUCGAAAAUACUAGGAAUUGAAAAAACAAUAAUUGCGUCAUCUUGUACAAUGUAUGAUCAUAUUAUGUAUUUAAUUGGAGAACCAGACCAUCCAUCUUAUGUUCCAGGUUGAUAUUUCUCCACAUUCAUCUCAGAAAUCUUAAAAUAUUUUUUACAGCAAUGCAAUCGACAUAUACUGACAAAAUGAACUUAUAUGAAAGAUAUCAGAAUUAUCAAUAUAGUGUUGGAUUCAUUGAAACGAUGCAAAAUGUUUUUGAAGCUGAAAUUCAAUUAUUCUCAGAAUGGAAUAUUUCAAAUUGGCAUGAUCUAUAUUCCGAAACAUCAUUACAUUUUGUCAAUUCGAAUCCAUAUAUAGAUUUUCCUCGUCCAAUAAUUCAAAAAACAGUUUCAAUUGGAGGUAUCAGUGUAAAUUUGGAAAAAAUCAAAUCCGAGAAACUAUCAGAUGAAUGGAAUAAUAUUUUGUAUAAAAGAAACCAGAAUAUGUUGAUUUCAUUUGGAAGUAUAGCAAAGUCUAUGGAUAUACCAAUUGAGUGGAAAUCAAAUAUUUUAGAUGUUAUAAAAUUAUUUCCAAAUGUCACUUUCAUUUGGAAAUAUGAAUCAGAUGAUUUGGAAUGGGCUGAGAACAUUGAAAACAUUGUAUUUAUGAAGUGGAUACCACAAACUGCGUUAUUGAGUAGGUUGAAAAUAACUUGAACUUUUUCAAAAUCAAAUUCAAAUUGAAACUUGAUUGAGAAAAACUGACCGUAUUUACAGAUGACAAACGAGUGAAUGCAUUUUUAACACACGGAGGUUUGGGAAGUACAAACGAAUUGGCUUAUUUGGGAAAACCAGCAAUAAUGAUUCCAAUUUUUGCAGAUCAAAUGAGAAAUGCAAAUAUGUUGAGAAGACAUAAUGGGACUAUUAGUUUAUCGAAAUUCGAUUUGGGAAAUUUAGAUUUAUUGAAAAAAUCAAUCAAUAGCAUUUUGAAUUAUCAAAAAUAUUCGAAAAAUGCAGAACAAUUGGCAAGCUUAUUAUCAAAACAACCAAUGGAACCAAAAGAAACAGUAAUAAAAUAUGUUGAAUUUGUUAGCAAAUUUGGACCAUUUCCAACAAUGGAUCCAUCUUCAAGAAAUAUGUCCAAAAUACAAAUUUAUAUGUUAGAUAUUUAUUUUAUUUUAUUUUUCUCAUAUUUUAUCACACUUAUUGGAUUUGUAUUCACUGUUCGAUUGUUGUUUAAUUAUUUGAAUUUUAGAAGUACAAAAAAUAAAACAAAAAAUAAAUUGAAUUGA